CCGUCGGGCAGCGUACUGUACUGUCUGCACGGCGCAUAGAUGGCACCGAAAUUGCGGUUUGGUUCGAACCCACUUUUCUUUUUGCUCCCUGGCCGAGCGCUGCUUCUUUCUGCGUCGCUCAAGGACGAGCAGAUCCCGGCUAUCCACGUGCACGGGCGGCAUGAUGGCGCACUGUCGACACCCAUCCAAAGGUGUUCUCUGGUAGUGUGCAGCUUCCAACGACCUUUUUUGAUGGAUGGAUUGAUGGAUGGAUGAUGCUGGGGCUCAUCUUCCCAACAAAAUCGGCCCGGCGGCGCAAAGAAGCAACCCCCUCAGCCCCUUCAGUCAUGUGGCGUCAUGCUGAAGGCACGCCUGCUCUUGUCUGGUAAGGAUAAGGACACGCUGCAUCCACUCAAUGUGGUCUGUUCUGUGUGUUUGCAGCGUUUUGGCGCGCUCGGGUCGGGUGAGGCUGCACUGCCGUCGGGAGGUGCCUUUGAUUCGUAAGAUGGCAUUGCAAUGCCGCACCUCGCUGCGCUGUCUUGUGCGCCCAUCUCGACCCACUCUCUUCCUGAGGCCACCAAGCCGUCCAGCUGAUUCUGCACCGAGGCCGUGGGGAUUCUGUCAGGCUCUGUGCGACAUGAGCGGCAGCUGCUUCGCCAACACCAACACCACCCUGCAGUCUGUCAAUGUUGCCAUCCUCCUCUGCAGGCUGGGUGUGCACACGGGCACAGCUCAUGAUGGGCACCUGCGGACACGACACUGCUGCUGGUUGUCUGCUGUAUGUGUCUCCUGGGCUCUCAUAGCAUAUGGAUGUGCUGUGGACUCGGUGUGGAGGCUUCGUGAGGACACGGUCGAAGAAAGGUGAGAUGGUGCGAUGACGAACAGACCGCACUGUGCUGAUCUUCGUGCGUGUGUCCUUCGUUUCUCUUCUGCAGGCCAUCGAGCUCCGUCCUUAUCGGUCGGAUACGACAUGGUGCUGCACGUCUGCAGAACAUCUGAGGUAUGCUACCUCUGCCAAGACACCGUCAGACGGUGAGAUGGCACCGCACAUCACAUCAUCUCCUGCCAUGAAUGUCCUUCAUUUCCCUUCUUCAGCUGCUGUUGACCACAUUGACUUGACUGGGCGACGUAAUAGGCGUGCAUGGGACGCCUUCGGCGGAAGUGUGCAGAAAGAUGAGGCAGAAACGUCUGUCUGCCCCUGUUGUGGUUGAUGACUGUCGACAUGAUGUCCAUCUUUCCUAUGAUGCCCUGAGGCUCCACUUUGUGGACAGGCGAUUGAUGGGGCACAGGGGCCGAGUAGUAUGCAUAUGAGGUGUCUAUGUCUUGGCCUCCCUCCCUGCCUUGAUGCUGUGGUUCUAUCGGUGUGCCUGCUCUGUCUGCGUGGCCUGCGUGUUUCCUUAAGUUGUACCCUGCAUGUAUCGACACGUGAUUGACGGAAGGACUCAGGAAAGGACGGACGGGGGGGGAACCCCUGCGUGCGGCUUUUUUCAGCCAAAUUUCGCCGGACGUAGCCAGCGGAGUAGACACGUGAAACAUCCAGUGUGGCAUGGCUCGGUGGCUCUUUAACGCUUGUUGCUGUUCUUCCUGGCUGCACUCGCAGAUCUGUAUGACACCUCUGGGCAUUCGGCCUCCAGCAGGGGGGGGAAGGCCCAGCAAAGGACCUAUGUGCGGCACCAUUUUCCCCUUCGUUUUGUGCUGCAAGGCGGUCCCUGCGCGAUUUUCUUUCUGAAUACGGAUCUGUACACACCUGGCAGGCCGGCCACGCUGGCAGGAGCCGCAAACAAUGAAACGAAAAAAAUAAGCUCGCACCGAUCGCUAAGGAAAAUCCGCUGCGAGUAGACACCUCAGGGGUGAGAAAGGCUUCUUUGGGCUUCUCGUGUUUUUCGGCGUCUGCACGGCCGACGUCGUUUCUGCCACUUCUAGUCGGUUCCGAGGAUCCCUCCCGACCUCUCUAGCGUCGCAAGGCGUCCAGCCUCCCUGGUACACCACCCCACGACACCUCACUCGCACCCUUACCCUACAGUGGGAUUCUGACCCAUCCGAUGACUUGCGUCGCUGCACCUGCCCCUCCCCGCCUUCCCACACCCCUCACGCGCCUCUCUGUGGUGUCUCUCGUGUCCUUCAGUGUUGACGAUGGCCAAGGGUGCUGCCAAGGGGAAGGCCAAGUCCAAGGCCAAGUCUGACGAGCCCAAGGAGAAGAAAGUCAAGGUAUACGGCGCACAGGGGGCGGGGGAUGACGCCCGCGGCGGCAUCUUCCAUCCGCCGGCCUGCUUGGCGCGAUUUGAUUUGUACUGAGCGAACCCAUUGUGUUGUGUGUGUGGUGUGUUGUGGUGUGUGUUGGUGCGUUCAGGACAAGGAUGCGCCCAAGAAGGGCAGGUCGGCAUACAUCUUCUUCACGAUGGACCGGCGCGAGGAGCUCGUCGCUGAGAACCCAGACCUCAAGGGCAGCGUCACGGUACGAGCACUUCUCACCUCACGCACUCACACAGUGCUGUGAUGCUCCGUCUGCCCAUCGUAUCGUGUGUGCGUGUGGUUGUUGCGUUGUGUGUAUCUCAGGAGGUGUCCAAGAUUCUGGGCGCCGAGUGGAAGAAGAUGACGGAUAAGCAGAAGAAGCCCUACGAGGACCAGGCCAAGAAGGACAAGGUCACACCAUUAGAUAGGGGGAGCGGAAGGCAUUCACUAACACAUUCUCUGCCUGCCUGCCUGUGUGUGCGUGCGUGUGUGUGUGUGUGGUGUGUCAGGAGCGUUACGAGAAAGAGAAGGAGAAGUACGAGAAGAAGAAGUAAACCUCCACACCUCAUCCGCUAGCACGCAUACGUAUGACUGGCUGGCCGGCUGGCUGCAUGGAUCACUGACUGACUGGAUGGGUGGAUGGAUGGACAUAGGCAGAUAGAUAGCUACCUGGAGCGAUGUGCUGCGCGCCACACACAUGGACACACACCACACACACACAUCGUCUCCUCUCCUUCUCUAUACUAUCAUACCUACCGAGCUCCUGGCUUCCCCUCUCUGCCUGCCCGGCCGGCUGUAGAGGGGGUGGGUGGGUGGGUGCAUCGCUGGAUGGGUGGCUGGUGCCUGGUUCCGUGUGUAUGUGUGUCUUGUUUGUUUCGCGUGUUCGGGGUGCGGUGGUGCGGGGUGGUCGGCUGCCUUGCUCUUCUCGACUCGCCUCGCCCUGUAGAGAAAGCACAUUCCUGCUUGCCUGCCUGAGUGAUAGUGAAGGGUACGAUGCGCAUGGACUGCAUACAUGGAUGGCGGAUGGAUGGAUGGGUGGGUGGCCUGGCUGACGGGGGAGGGGAUAGCUAGACAGCGGCGGAUGGCAGAGAGGAAGGAGAAGAAAAGACUGUGCUUACGCAAUGACUGAUAGUCUGUCUGCCUUGCCAACUCAUUCGCGCUCUUUCUCUCUUGGCUGCUACUAACACCGCACACACACACACACACACACGCACACACAUACCCACACGCUGGUUGCACAAAGACAGACAGACAGACAGACCGAAUGCAUGUGACCGGCAGACAAUUAGGAGCGGCCUAAAGCUCGCUCAUGACCUGCCUGCCUGCCUUGCCUGUCUGUCUGCCCCUCCGUCACGCCACGCCACGCCACACCAACCGGACUAGCCUGCCUGCCUGCCUCCGUGGCUCGUGCCUUGUAUAUUGACUGACUGACUGGCCGACUCGUUUACUUACUAGAGUGUGGUGGUGCCGUGCUUGCCCGUUUGGAUGGGAUCAAUGGAAUGGAUGGAUGGAUGGACCAACGAGACCGUGUGUGUACGUAUGUGUGGUUUUAACUAACGCGGCUGUGGAAGUUUGUAUGGCGUGUGCAAGAGAAAACUCACUCACUGGAUUUGUUGCAAUUGCAUUGCACGCGCC